GAUGACUGUAACCGUUUACAUUUUGCAAGCGAAAUAACCGGCAAGUAGUCUAUUGUAACACUUGCACUGGUCUUCGUCACUUUGUUUCUCCUCCAAGAUGUUCCUAUCAGCCAUUCUGCUUCUGCUCGGUAUAUCAGGAAACUUUCUUACGGAAGCCGUAGAUACAAUACAGCUCUCAACAGGUGCUUCAAUCCCCGUUCUUGGCUUGGGAACCUGGCAGGCUAACGACGAGAAUGAGUUGAGGGAAGCAUUGAAGACUGCGAUUGACAGCGGGUAUCGUCUGAUUGACACUGCUUAUCAUUACCACAAUGAGGAAGCCAUAGGAAAAAUUCUCAAGGAACUUAUUGAUAGCGGUAAAGUCAAAAGAGAGGAUCUUUUCAUUACAUCAAAGCUGUCAAUGGGAGCACAUGAUCCCAAUGAUGUCGAAAAGAGUGUGGAAGGACAGUUGAAGGCACUACAGAUGGAUUACAUUGAUCUCUACCUUAUGCAUAGUCCAAUGCCUUGGAAAGUCGAUAAUGACACCUUCACGCCGAUUACAGCCAUAGGUUUGUCAAACUUCAAUGCUACGCAACUUCAAAACGUAUACGACAACGCACGCAUCAAACCGGCUAACUUGCAGGUAGAAUGCCAUCUGUAUUGGCCGCAAGAUGAGCUGUACGAGUUAUGCCAAAAACUCAAUAUUUCAUUCACGGCCUAUGCACCACUUGGAUCCCCAGGAAGAAAAGCUAAACACCCAGAGAUGGCAUGGCCAGACGGCGACCCUCUAUCGGAUCCUGUUGUGAAAGAAAUUGCCCAAAAUCACAAUAAAACGCCAGCACAGAUUCUAUUACGUUAUCUCAUCCAACUUGGCAGGAUUGCCAUACCUAAGAGUGUGAAACCAGAGCAUAUAAAGGAAAACAUAAACAUAUUCGAUUUUACGCUGACCGAUGAAGAGAUGACUAAGCUCAAGGAGGUAAAAACAAGAACUCGCUUAUUCAUCUGGCCCUUCUCAUUUGAACAUCCGUUCUUCCCAUUCGCUGACGUGGACAAGUCUAAAUACCCAAAACAACCUAAACCCUAAAAGGCUUUUCUGUUUAUUCUCUUUAAAAGUGCCUUGGACUGGCUGUGCUAGUGCUGUGAUAUCAAACUGGUGCAUCCUCAUUUCAACAGUUCCCCUUAGAAAGACGAGUAGAACUGAAUAAAAAUUUGUUUGAGUGUGA